UAAUUUUAAAGACGUCUGCCACACUUGAAUUGCUUUAGUAUUGUGCCCUUUUUUGGGAAUCUGGAGCAGUGUUUUACUGGGGGUGGCGUUGCUGUGAGAGGCAAAUGGAAGAAUAUUCAGCAUACAAGUCUGGUGAACAAUGUGGCAAACAUCUGCAGGUGAGGUGUAUGUAUCUACACUUAUAGCAGUAGUUUUCAAAGCAUGGUUUGGCUUGUUCCUUUGUGGGCCCUGAGACCGUUUCAGGAGGUCUUUGAGGUCAAAAUUAUAUGAUUUGCCUUUUUCAUUCUCAUUCUCUUACAAGCCUACAGUGGAAUUUUCCAGAAGCUAUGAUAGGUGAUGUUGAAACUGAUUGAUUGUAGAAAUCAGUAUGAGUGGUCUGUAUAAGCCAGACAUUAAAGAGCAUUGGAAAAAUGUAAAACAAUGCAACUCACUAAUUUAAAAAAUAUUUUUUCAUAAAAAUAUUUAACAUGUAAUGAGUAUAUUAGAUUUUGUAACAUAUAAAUUUCUUCUUAGUUUUAAUUUCUUACAUGGUAAAUAUGAAUAGAUAAAAUCCACAUUACCAGAAGUUCUUUGAGAUCCUUAGUAAUUUAAGAGUGUCAAGAGAUACUAAGACCAAAAAGUUUGAGAACCCCUGUCCUUACAUCCACCACUAGAGUCAGCAGUCACUAUUUCUAGCAAUUGUGGUGGAGGAGGAGGGUGCUGGCAUUUUUCCCUGUCCACCCCAACUCUGUGCUCCCUUCUUGCACUAUCUGGGGGAGCUGUCUUCUUCUUGACUAUCUUUUUUUAUAUUUGAGGUGAAAUAACACUUACCGGAAGCUGAAUGAUAGCAAUUUCACAGUUGAUAAGUUGGAUUUAUAUCUAAAAACAUACUGUUGUUUCUGGGGUCAGCUGAAUGUUUCAGUUGUCUGUCUUCUUAGUGUCUGUCCUAUCUGUGGUAGUCUUAGUUUACUCAUUGUACUUCACAGAGUUAAAAAUGUCCAGGCUCACUCAGAGCUUUCUUUGUAUAAUCUGUGUGCUGGUUGAUAUAUUUAGACUUUAAGCUAGAACCAUAAGAACCCAGGUUUGAUACAGAAUUUCAGUAAAGAACAGAUUAUAAGCAUUAUUAGGGAGGGAGUAUGUGGCUUUUCAGCAUGAUGAUGCAUUUUCUUUUGUUCUAGUAAACAUGUUGUGGGGAAUGAGGUUACAAGAAUCGGUGGUUUUCAUUUAUAAUUCAUAACCAAUGAUUGUGCUCUGUCACUGUGCUAAGAACAGUGUGGAUAAAAUGACACUGAGAUUAAAAAUGAUUGUAUUAUAUUUUUGCAGAGUAUCUAGCUGCAUUUAUUAACUCUUUUAAGCCACCAAGUUAGCCUCAUGCUCUUUGAGACAAAGUAGGGAGUGAUGUUUAUUUAUCUGGAGCUUAUAUUGAUCUGAAUGGCUAUUACCAAAUUGUUUUUCCCCCCACAGUGCCUUGUAUUGAAGGAGGAGCCUUUGCCAUAAUGCCAGUUGGUGAAUAUUGGCUGUGUUUACCAGUCUCUCAUGUUAGACCUUUUGUGCAUACUGUCAGGGUGAUGCCGUCUUGGUCCCAUUGUUGCUGGUUUCCAGGUGCUCUCCCUUUGGUCCCUGAACCACCCGGUGCACCCGCCGUGCUGCCAAGGGGCAGCCACAAUGCUGUGCUCCCUUCUCAUCCCUCCACUGCACCCCUUUCCACAUCCCAAGCACCUUAUUCUUCUGUUGACCCCACGCUCUGCCUUUCACCCUCUACACCUGAUGGUAGGCAGGAGAGAAAUGUGAAGUCUAGGCUGGCUUAUCAGGAGGGCAGGCUUCAAAAGCUACUAAAAAUGAAUGGCUCUGAUGAUCUUCUGGAGUCCUAUGACUAUGAUCUCAUCAUCAUUGGAGGCGGCUCAGGAGGACUGGCAGCUGCUAAGGAGGCAGCCAAAUACGACAAGAAGGUGAUGGUCCUGGAUUUUGUCACUCCAACUCCUCUUGGAACUAGAUGGGGUCUUGGAGGAACAUGUGUGAAUGUGGGCUGCAUACCUAAAAAAUUGAUGCACCAAGCCGCUCUGUUAGGACAAGCCCUACAGGACUCUCGCAACUAUGGCUGGAAAGUUGAAGAGACAGUUAAACACGACUGGGACAAAAUGACAGAAGCUGUACAGAAUUACAUUGGCUCUCUAAACUGGGGCUACCGGGUGGCUCUGCGGGAGAAAAAGGUCACCUACGAGAAUGCUUAUGGACAAUUUGUUGGGCCUCAUAGGAUUAAGGCUACAAAUAAUAAAGGCAAAGAAAAAAUUUACUCAGCUGAGAGAUUUCUCAUUGCCACUGGUGAAAGGCCACGUUACUUGGGCAUCCCUGGCGACAAGGAGUAUUGCAUCAGCAGUGAUGACCUUUUCUCCUUACCUUACUCCCCGGGUAAGACCUUGGUAGUUGGAGCAUCCUAUGUUGCUUUGGAGUGUGCUGGAUUUCUUGCUGGUAUUGGUUUAGAUGUCACUGUUAUGGUACGGUCCAUCCUCCUUAGAGGAUUUGAUCAGGACAUGGCCAAUAAAAUCGGUGAACACAUGGAAGAACAUGGUGUCAAGUUCAUUAAACAGUUCGUACCGAUAAAAGUUGAACAAAUUGAAGCAGGGACACCAGGCCGACUCAGGGUGGUAGCUCAAUCCACCAAUGGCGAGGAAAUCAUCGAAGGAGAGUAUAAUACGGUAUUGCUGGCAAUAGGAAGAGAUGCUUGCACAAGAAAAAUUGGCUUAGAAACCGUGGGGGUGAAGAUAAAUGAAAAGACUGGAAAAAUACCUGUCACAGAUGAAGAGCAGACCAAUGUGCCUUACAUCUAUGCCAUAGGUGAUAUACUGGAGGGUAAACUCGAGCUUACCCCAGUAGCAAUCCAGGCAGGAAGAUUGCUGGCUCAGAGGCUUUAUGCUGGUUCCACUGUCAAGUGUGACUAUGAAAAUGUUCCAACAACUGUAUUUACUCCAUUGGAAUAUGGUGCUUGUGGCCUUUCUGAGGAGAAAGCUGUGGAGAAAUUCGGGGAAGAAAAUAUUGAGGUUUACCAUAGUUACUAUUGGCCAUUGGAGUGGACGAUUCCAUCAAGAGAUAACAACAAAUGUUAUGCAAAAAUAAUCUGUAAUAUCAACGACAAUGAACGUGUUGUGGGCUUCCAUGUACUGGGUCCAAAUGCUGGAGAAGUUACACAGGGUUUUGCAGCUGCGCUGAAGUGUGGCAUGACCAAAAAGCAGCUGGAUAGCACAAUCGGAAUCCACCCUGUCUGUGCAGAGAUAUUCACAACCCUGUCGGUGACCAAACGCUCUGGGGGAAGCAUCCUCCAGACUGGCUGCUGAGGUUAAGCCCUGGUGUGGGUGCUGUUGCCAAGACUCCCAGCCACUGAUUUGUUUCCUUGCCCAAAUCCAAGGGGAAGUUUUCAGGAAGUUUGUUGGGCUCUUGGCCCCUUACCGCCAUCCAAGGUCCCCUUGGAUCUCCUGGGUAGGAGGUGGUGAAUAGAAGGAAGUCAGCAUCACACCGGGGUCACCUUAAUGGACUUGAAACUGAUGUUUGGCAGUGCAUCUUUGGGAUGCGUCCAUGAUGUCACCGGCCUCAAGCCCGUGGGGGUGGGCAGUGAUGGAACAGCUGUCGAGUCAGUUUUAGCAUGAUCUUUCCUUUGUGUGGUUUACUUUACUCUCAUUGUUAAGCUUUCUGAAAUUGAUUAUUUUUUCUUUUUUCUCAAUGGUAUUAAUGAUAAUAGAGAUGAAAAAUGUCAGCAGUCAAUUUUUAUCCAAAAGCAAGUUCUGGCUAGAGCAUCCAAAUAAGGAAACUUGUUGCAUGUAGGGAGUGCUUUGGGUUCACUUGGGGGGGUUACAUAGGCUCAUCCCAUGAAGGAGUUCUGUUCUCCUAUGUGCUUCCCAGAAUUCAAAUAUACUUUUCACUUUAGUAACCCUGGUUAGCAAUGUCUCUUUUAAUGAGUUAUUUGUCCCCAAAAAAGUAAAUCUAUUAUUGGCCCCAGCCCAAGUUUGUCCCCAUUAGCGACAUCACUGAUGAUGAUGAUGAUGAUUUUAAGUUCUGUUAGGAAGGGAAAUGAUUACCUAUUUGAAUCAAUACUCCAUUGCAAAGGUAGAGCCGUAUAGAACAUGUUCACUUGGUAAUCUGUGAUUUCCACCAUUAUUCAUCAUGGAGGCAGAUUAUACCUCAAAUGGGGUAAAAGAGUAAAUGUCUUACAUUGUUUAGUUCAUCGUGAGUUAGUCUAAGUGAACUGAAUUCUUUUAUAUUGGAAAACUUGUCCAAAACUGUUUUUUGAUAGCUUUAAGCUAAAAGCACAGAAUGUCACAGCUUUUUCAUGUGUGUUAUGUAUUUAUCCCUUCCUAAGAACCACUUUCACAGGAAAAUAGUUGUUUUCCAUACUUAGGAUUUAAUCUUUUGUCGUAAUUAUUUUGUUAAGGAAGUUGUUAGUAUCAGAAGUUAUUAUUUUUUUUAACACACGUGGAUGUGAAGGAUUUUCAUUUAAAAACCAAACGAUUUUUAUUGUUUCUGUUAAGUAAACAACUAUACCUGGAAGAAUUUUUGGUAGAUGUGUUUAUGCACUAUUAGCAUUCCAACUUGUAUUAUUGCAGAGGUAUUAACCCCUUAGUGUUAUACAUUUGUGUAAAUGUCCUCACUAAGGAUUAUUUUUAGGCUGUCUUUUCUCACUGUAUACGUUCAGUUUUGAAUAUGUGCUGUGGAUAUCAGGCUCCCACCAUCCUCUCUCACCUCAACCCCCCAUUUCUCAGCCAUGUCACUGAGUGGUUGUUUCAAAGUACAUUUCUGGGCCACUUCAGGAACUCAUGCAUCUGCCUGGUGUUUAGUCAGCAGAGCACCUGGCCCUGUCCCACAAGGCUCUGCCUUGCUUCCUCCUCUCGUUUGGUUAUGUGAAGAAAAUGGGGAAAAGAUAAAAGUAGAAGGGAAUCAAGGCAGUUGACUGCGUUAAGUUUUAUUUAUUUUUUUAAAUUAUUUUUUCUACCAAGGCUGCCAAUCCCUGAAAUUAGAACAAGGGGUAGUGUGAGAUGAUUGUGCCUAAUCAUGUUGUGAUUCUCUUUCUUACUGGGAUAAAAUGUUUCACUUCCACUUACGGUUUAAAAAAAAAAGGAUUAUAGUCUUUAGACUUGUCCUGUUUAGAUUCUAUAAUUGCCAGUGUACUGAAACUUAUACUAAAUUCUAUGUAUUUUUGUUACAAUUCUUCUGAAAAACAAUGUGAAACAUUAAAAGGUAUUAAUAUCA